AUGCAAGCUUCGAAUCCAACCACCACAACAACAACAACAAAACAAAAGAAACAAUCAACUUCAAAAACAUACAAAGUCGAAUCAAUUUUAAAGAACUUUGUUGAAUUAUUAAUAAGUGCUCCUGAGGACAAGCUUAUUGAAUAUCUAUCGAAUUUACAAGAAUGGCCAUUCGAUCAUCAUUAUACACCUCAGUCCUCCACUUCCACAUCAGCAGCAACAACAACAACAACAACAGCAUCAACUUCAACCAAUUCCAGUUAUAUUCCAUUAUUGACUGCAUCACCACAGCACACCGAAGAAGAAUUCAAACAUGACAAACAGCUCAUCUUACAAUUAGUUAAAUGUACAAGAUUCAUCAUAUCAUCAUGUUCGAAUGGUAAUCACUAUCAAUCUUCAGAGGAAUUAUUACAACUAUUUUCAUUCCAUGAUUAUGAUAUAAGUAACGAGAUAUUAAAGCUAUUAUCCAUAUUAUUGAUAACUCCAAAGUAUACGAGGGAGUGUGUAUUUUUCAUCCAUAAUAAUCUUGGCCCUAGGCUAAAGAUUCUCGCAGCAGGAUUUCCAGAGAAUCAUAUGGACCUCCUCACUUGUUGUAGUGAGGAGUUGGUGAUUCCAUCAUCCAUUACAAAUUUCACUUUGGAAUUCUAUGAGAAACACCAACAACCACAACUACAACAACAACAACCACCACAACAACAAACAGAACAACAACAACCACAAACACCACAACAAUCACAACAACAACAACAACAACAAAAUGUACAGGUUAAUGAAAGUGACCGUAAAUCCUUUGUUAGAUUUACAGAUAUAGAUAAACGCACAGCUGCCAAAGAGAGUCUGUUUGAUAUUGUACAAAGUCAGAUAUCAAAGUACGCCAUGUCGGAGGACGAUCAAUUUCAUACCUACAGUCGUGUGCAUACCGCCCAAAUAUUUGGUGAUGUCGAGCAGCGUAGAAAGUGGGUUCAAUGUCGAUUGAUGGCCAUCAACUGUAUUCAGUACACCACUGAGCAACAGCUUGCACAGAUCGUCGUUGACGAACCGGAUUUUGUCAACGAGCUGAUGGAUCUCAUUAGAAAAUACACUACAGUGCCACAGGACGUGCUCAUCGCCGGAAUCUACGCGCUCUCUUCGCUGUCCUCGUCGUACUUGUCGAGUGGAUCGACAAACUCUCUUCACUCUGCACUCUCCCAAGGCUUCUUCCAGUCGAUCCUUCGCAAGUGCGUCGCCAUCCUCACUGGAAAGAUCGCGCCAGAGCCACCCUUUACCAUAUACUUUAUGAAGGCAAUCUUUCACUUCCUGUUUGGCAUCUCCUCGGUCAACAAAUCGAUUCUCCACACCUCGGGAAUCUUUGUGUCAUUGCUCCCACUCCUGCAGAUGCACACUUCCACAGUGUCCAGCAUCAACUUCCAGCUGGCAACCUACCGAAUCAUCCAGGUGAUGAUGUUCUACAAGACUUCAAACAUUGAGAUAUUCGGUGAAGUCGAGCAUCUCCAGCAAUUCGUUCAGACACUCGAGUCCGAGGUUAAUUACAUCAUGGAGAACCCACUCGCUCCCGAAAAGGAGGAAGAGUUGCUCGUCGAGUUCCCGCUAAAGACAAAGCGCACCAAGAAGCCACCAUUCAAGCUGGCCACACAAAAGAUAGGAGCGCACCUGACCUACGAUGAAUCAAAGGUCGACACCUCUUUGUUCCAGCUGAACAAUCCACAUCUCACGGGCAAGCGCAAGAUGAACCUCAUAUUCGAAAUGCUUCAUACUCUGUUGCCCAUUGUCAGUAGCAACGGAGUUCCCCGAACCAUCUUGAAUCACAUCAUCGACAGUUCCACCGGCAUACUCAAACGAAUCAUUGUCAAUCACAAUGGCUUGAUUGAGGCACUCUUUGACUACAUCACUCAGAACGAGUUCCCACCAGAGAUGGUAUUACUUAUAGUGUCGGCACUCAACUCUUUCUGUUUGAAUCAACAGUUUAAGCAAACACUCCUCGAUUCCAAGUUCCUCGAGCGCUACAUGUUGAUUUUCGCCAAGCCAAAGUAUGCUAGCGCCAUCUCCAAUCGUGUCCUCAGCAACAUCGCCACUUCCAUUUCUGAUCUGAUACGUCACUACACUGAACUGAAAGCACCGGUAGUCGAAUCGAUGGUUUCACUCAUCGAUUUGGUUUUGGCACUCGACUUUGAAUCGCAAUCGGAGAAAUCCAAUAACACUGCAGUCGUCAACACGGUAACUCGUCUUCUCUCCAUUUUCUUUAGUACUGGCGAGAAUGAGAAGCUCUUUAUCCAAAAGAAUGGACUUGACAAACUACUGCAACUCUACACCAACCCCAGUUGUUUCCCAAAGAAUCUAUCGAUCUUUAAAGCACUCAGUGUCAACAACACUUCGCUCGUUUUGAAAUCCAUCAUCAAGAAUUUGUCUGCGCAAUUUUCUGAGCUCGAUACAUUGGCGCCAGCUUGGCGAACCGUUAGAAUCAUCCGUGACUGGGAUGAGACCGACGUGAAGAACAAAGAUCAGAUACAUCGUAGUAUCAAAACCAUUGGUGGAAUCGUAGUUAUCCUGGUAAGCUUGAUCAAAGAAAAUCCCGAUGACAUACCCAUUUCCGUGAUGGACGAAUGGGCUACCGAUCAAGGAAUAGCCGUAUCUCAAUCAAUGAGUUGUUUACAACGCUCGCUCUACUGGGAAGCUUAUCUCGGUCGCCAUUCUCUCUUGUCUACACCCAAGAAAUCGGGAGCAACUGCAGCAACAUCGGUAAAUGAGUCCCCGAAACUAUCUUCAACCGAAGACUCAUUGUCAUCGUCAUCCAGCAGUAUAUCAGAACAAAAUCAACCUGCAGCAACAACUACUACCACCACAACAUCAUCUUCAGAUCAAUCUAGUUCGUCAAGCAGUGGUGUUGCCAACAAAGAUUAUGAAUUCACUUUCAGAGAUCAAAUACACGACCUCGAAUUCCUCUUGAAUUACUUUAUCGAAUCGUUGAACCCACAUGGAAAGAGAGAUAUUCUCAACGACACUAAAUCUGAAUUGCUCUUAAAGACAAUCGCAUCUAAUCUAACAAAUUGGAUUAAAUGGAAACCUGAUGUUGGUUCUCUUUAUAAAUUGGAUUUCAUGGAUGUAUUUUCCCAGAUUCUACAUUCACUCGUUGAGGAAUUCAAUCAAAAUCCACAAACUGAAAACGUUAACCUUAGAUGUGCAAUUUUUUCUAUUGUCAAUACUCUCACUGCCAAGAACCAAAGUAAGUCGAUUUCCGAAAAAGUGAUGCCAGUCAUAUUGCAAGAGGUAAUCUUUUGUUGGAAUCAGCCAACGAUCUCAUUGCUUCCAUUCAAGAGAGAAAUUCUUGAAUCACUCUAUCUCAUUUUGAAUAAGCACGAUGACCAACAACAACCAGAACGUCCCAAGGUUUCGAAACCACCUCCACCUGCUUUCGUUCCAAGUGAAGAUAAUAUCAAUUUGUUGAUGGACAUGGGAUUCAUUCGUGAGCAUAUCGUCAAGGGAAUGAAAGCGCUGCAAUCAAACAAUGUUGAGAGUGUCACCGAUUGGAUGUUGAACAAUCCGUAUGUCGAGGAAGAGGAACCAGCCAAGUCUGCUGUUGCCACUCCACAACAACCGGUGGCUGCUGCUACUCUCCCGCCACCACCAAAGGAGAAGGUUACGAUCGAUGCCAUGGUACAGGAAAUCAGACCGACAUUGGUCGAUAAGGCACUCUCAUUGUUGAACGACCAAUAUGAAACCAGCUUGAUUGAGAGUAUCUAUCAUUUGUUCUUGCUCAUUGUGAAGGACACCAAGACACCGGAAUGCAAAGACCACAUAGUUGAUCGACUCAUGAAAGACAUGGAGCUUUCAUUCUCUGACUACUCCUCAAAUUCCAAGUACACCAUCGGUAUUCUUUAUCUACUGCAAAAGCUCAACGAUGUUCCAGAGAUUCACAAACUCUACUCGGACAAAGGAUUAUUGAUGAUUCUUGUUGGAUUCCUCUCGGAUUUACAACAUAAGAAAUCGGUAUUUGUUUUGCCAGUGACUAGUGGUGAGGAAUCAACAACAACGACCACGACCACGACCACCAGUGACAAAUCUUCAAUCGCCACUACAAUGACAUAUCUCAAUAAUCUGUUAAUGUUGGUUCAAGAUUUGAUCAGACCAGAGUAUGUCAAACCACCAAAUUUCGAUUUCGAAGAGGAGGAGAAGAAAGAAGAGUCGAUAGAUCCCGAGUACUACUUGCUGUUGGAGACUUGCAUUGAAUUGCUCAAACUACCAAACACUGCACCACUCGAUGUCGUUCUGUUGAAGAUUCUCAAGCAGUUGACCAGUAAACAUGGUCUUGCCAUUCAGUUCUUGAAUGAGGGUGGACUCGAUGUUCUCCUGCCAAAGACUUGUUCCGGUCUACUAAUGAAGGAUGUCACUCAAAUGUAUCAUACCAUCGUUCGUCAGAUCAUAGAGGAUAAGGAUACAUUGCUUGCUUCCUAUUACAAUGUCAUUAAGCAUCUCUUGAUUGCCAACAAAGUCCCCAAGGGUGUCUCGGCAAAAGCUUUUUUAACUACUUUGUCCAAAUUUGUUGCACACAAUCCAGUGGUAUUCUUGCGUGCCUCAGUCGAUACCUGUCGUCUAAAUCAAAGCAGUGGUAUCUACUUUGCCAAGACCAACGCAGUGCCAACUUCAGUCCCAGAGGAUACAUCUCACAUUGUCAAGGUCGCACACGUUUUGAUCAAUGCCUUGCUCGCACCCCAACCAGAGUCAACAGCUAGCGAGCCAAUCGUAUCGCCAACUAUCUCUGCCAAGCGACACGCCAAGAGUAAGUUCACUACUCCACCAACAGGAGGUCCUGUUGCUAUUGCUCCACACCCAGACAUAGAAGAGAAACCCUAUCCUAUUCUCUCGAAAAUAGGACUUUUGAAGUUGAUGGAGGAAUCGAAUAUUGCAUUCCCAGUGUUCCUUGAGGUUCUGCUCGAUUACUCUGAACAGGAUCUACUCCUCUUUGUAAUGAAGAAUUUCAUUGCCAAUUCGAAUGGCUCCACUCCCAAUGAAAGUGCAGUUGCAAAUCACCUCGCAGGCUAUAGAUUCAUUUUAUCAUUCUGUGGAAGUGCCAGAGGUAGAACCAAGGUGGUUGAACUCAUUGCCAAAUGUCUCACAGAAGCUAAAAGUGAUUAUCAAUCCAGCCAUUCAAAGGCAGAUCAAUUACGAAUCAGCCAUAUUGUCAAUCUAGUUGGAAUCAUGUUGAAUCUUCCGCUACAUUGUUACACCAAUGAGAUGUACCGUAUGUUGGUAGAGAAUGAUAUGAUCAACAUUCUCUUGGAGGUCUUGAAUGCCAUCGAUUUCAGUUCGAACAAAGCAUCGCAAAUGGUAGUAUCCAUGCUCCAGACCGUUGGACAGUUGACAAAGUAUGCUUCCAAUCCUCCAGAGAAAGAAAAGGACGAUUCUCGUCUCAAUAUCUUUGAAUCGCCAACUGGAAACUUUGACAAUUUCUUUAGAAACAGCAGAGAUGCUAUUUUCACACCAAUCUCUCGGUCACCAGAGGAAGAGCUUCAAAUGUUAGUUGGUAAUGCACUUCAGAAUUUCAAUCGUAUGAGAUUUGUCAACUCGAACGAAGCUGAUCUCGACAAUUCCGACGAUGACGACAGCGAUGACAUUGAUAUCGACACACAGGACGACGAAGACGACGACGAAGACGCCGAUAUGAUGGAUGAAGACGAUGAUGACCUCGACGACUCGGAUGAGGUGAUCGACGACGAUGAAAUCAUGGAGAUGGAGGAUGCACUCCCCGGACUCAUUGAGAACAUCCAACAAGAGGCAAGAAAUCUAUCGAAUCUCUUGAAUCAAGAAUCAAUAUUUGAUCAUCUCUUGCGUUUCAGCAAUGGUCAGCUCAACCAUUUGGUUAACAAUCUCGGUGGUAACCAACCACAGUUGGAUUUGUCUAAUCUCUGGCGACCAUUAGAGAGAUCUAGAGAUCGUUUGAUUCCAAACAAUGCCACUCAGAUCUCCACUCUUUCCAAGGAACUCGAUGAAACAAACUAUGCCGUCAUGUUUGAAGUCGAUCUCAUCAAGUUGUUGACCAAAGCAACCAAGGAAGACGAGAUUCAAAAACAAAAAGAGAAGGAGAAGGAAAAGGAAAAGGAGAAAGAAAAAGAGAAAGAACAAAAGCCAAAGGAAGAGAAUUCAACCGGCGAGGAAUCGUCCAGUGUUGUACAACCAACAACUACUCAAGAUUCUCCAUCGACAACAACUCCUACCGCUUCGAAUUUCGUUGCUCCACCUUCCUCAACGCAAUCGACAUCUCCAACUACUCUUCAACAAAUGAGUUCUCCACCUGUUUCAUCACCAUCGUCCUCUCUAUCGUCGUCUGCCUCAUCGAUUCCGUCACCAUCAGUAUCACAAUCACCAGUCAUAUUCACUCCCGACCUGGAUAUGAGUGUUUGGAGAAACAAUACGGAAAUCAAUCAAAUUGCCAACAGUAUCUCAUCGAACCAACAACAGACUUCAUCCAAUACAGACGCUCCACAAAUCGACCAAGACAAUGAAGAGGAACAAGGUAGUAGUUCAACUGCUACCACCACUACUACUUCAACAACAACCUCUGCUACUGAUAAUCAGGAACAACCACCACCACAGCAACAACAACAAUCCCAAGAACAACCAGCGGUUCCUGCACCAACACCAGUAUCAUCUGAACCAACUACAGUCGAUUUAGGUAUCGAUCCAACAUUCUUGUCGGCCCUUCCUGCAGAAUUGAGAGCUGAAGUACUUGCCACCCAACUUGGUUCCAUUCACCAAAAUGCUACUAGUAACAACAUCACUAUUAACCCAGAGUUCUUGGCCGCUUUGCCACAAGACAUUCAGAAUGAAGUACUCGAACAGGAACGUUUGAUAUCACAAAGAAGAAGAGCUACUGCACCACCUCCACCCGUUGAUAUUACACAUGCUCAAGACAUGGAUAAUGCAUCGUUCUUGGCCACUCUUCCACCCGAUCUCAGAGAGGAAGUAUUAAUCAGUCAACCAGAGGCAUUCCUCUCAACACUCCCACCAGAACUCCAUGCUGAAGCCGUUCGUCUUCGUGAGAGAGACCGUUACGACACCUACAGAAGCUUCAUUGAGAGAAAUGCUCAACAACCACCUCCACGUUCUUUGAAGCCAAACGCUCAACAGAAACCAAAGACUGUUCUCAAUCAGAGUGGUUCCCUUGUGAAGAAAGAGAAUCUUAUUCCAAUAUUGAGAGUGUUGUAUCUCGAUCAUCCAUGGAACCGUCAACAACUCUCACAGAUACUCCAACAGAUCUGUACAUUUGCUGAGAAUCGUAAUCAUCUCUUGACCUAUCUGAUUCAGAUUCUAACAGCAUCCAAGAAGUCGGCUGUUUCAACAACAUCCAGCACCUCUGUGACUUUGGACAACGAUACCUUCUCACCAGUUGACGACCCAUGCCAUCCACUUGUAAAAUACAAACACUUUAGAUCGGUCGAGGAAUCUGAUCAUCCACCUUUACUUGUCAUUCGUAGAAUAUUGGAUAUUCUUCAAGGUCUGAUUGCCAACAAUUCACACGUUGCUCAAUGGAUGUGCACUGAGCAGUCAUUGCCAUUGCCAACCUCAAAGAAAGGCAAGGAGAAACAAGAUGCAUCAGAAUCUUCUAUUCCAUUGUGGAAACUGUGCUCGAUCAUCACCAACAAGGAUAUCUACAACAAACCAAGUCAUCUUGAGAAACUAGCAUACACAUUCCUCUUGAUUUUGGAUUCCCAAAAGAAAACACCUGUUUUCCCUAAGCAAUUUGUCGAUAACUUUAUCAAAGCAAUGUUAAAGAGUACCUCUGAAGCCAAGAUUGUCCAGUUGUUAGUUAAGAUCGGUACUUCCGAGGAGAAUCGUUCCAUUGUUCUCGAUGAACUGACUCAAAAUGCAAAGAAACUUGCUGGAGAUGUCAUUGCCAACCUUAACAACAUCAAGGGUAUCUUUAAGGAAUCACACAUGUCACCAUCACUUGUGGUAUCAUUACUUCCAUCAUCCUCGAAAGAGACUAAUCUCUUGCAAAUUCUCCAAACAAUGUCUAUGAUCCUAUCACCCAAACCAACAACUCCAAAGAUAUCUAUACCAAUAGAAGUCAAUGAGAAUGCCGCUGCUGCGCCAACUUCUCAAGAGGCAAAUACCAAUACAGAUCCUGCUGCUUCUACAACCAAUACUACCCAACCACCAACUGCGACAACAACUCCAGCACAAGUUCCACCAACACAAGCAGUCGCUAAUGCUAGUCAGCCUGCUGCUGCUGCUGCAACUGAAGAAGCAACUUCAACCACUACAACAACUACUACUACAACCACUACAACAACAACUUCUACCAACACAACAACAACAACAAUCACAGGUACUUCUUCAGGUUCCUCAUCAGCCACUGAAAGUAAGAUCACAAUUGGUGAAUACUUUAAACAUAAUAUGGAGUUUGAAACUCUUUGGGAUACUAUCAAACAAUUCCUUAAGCUUAUCAACUCUGAAAAAGAAGAGAAACCAGUUACCAAACAGAAAUUCCUAAAGAAAAAGAUCAGCUCUGUUCCACUGUCAUCUUUGUUGUUGCCAUUGAUGGAGAUAUACUUCCAACUCAACUCACCACACCCCGACAAGUUGAAUGUCAACACAGUUCCAGUGUCUCCAAAUCUCUCAGGUUUGAAGUUAUCGAACCAAAGCAUUCCAGUCCAGACCUCAAUUACACCACCAUCUCAAGACUACCAGACAAUGAGAUUCUUUGAGUUUGUUGAACAAAAUAAGAACCUAAUCAAUGACCUCAUCAGACAAGAUAAUUCACUAUUGAAUGGUUCAUUCAGUAUUUUGAUAAAGAUUCCGAAAUUCUUGGAUUUCGAUAACAAGAGAACCUACUUUAGACAAUACUUCCAAUCGAGAAAGGAGAGAGCAGGUACUAUCAGACUCAAGAUCAGAAGAAAUCACAUCUUUGAAGACAGCUACAUGCAACUUAGAAUGCGUCCAGCCGAGGAAUUCAAGGGUAAGCUUCACAUUCAAUUCUCUGGUGAAGAGGGUAUUGAUGUCGGUGGUUUGCUUCGUGAGUGGUAUUUGGUACUCUCCAGAGAGAUGUUCAAUCCUGGAUAUGCACUCUUCAAGACUUGCGCUGCCGACAAUGUCACUUUCCAACCAAAUCCAGAAUCCUAUAUCAAUCCAGACCAUCUCUCGUACUUUAAGUUCAUUGGUCGUAUCAUUGGAAAGUCAUUGUAUGACGGACAGAUGCUUGACGCUUUCUUCACCAGAAGUUUCUACAAACAUAUGUUGGGACUUCCAAUUACAGUGACAGACAUGGAAUCAAUCGAUCCUCAAUUCCACAAGAAUCUAAUCUGGAUUCUAAAUAAUGAUAUCACAAAUGUAGUUGACUUGACAUUCUCUACUGAAAUCGAUAUUUUCGAUUCACUCAAAGUCAUUGAGCUCAAACCAGAUGGUGCUAACAUCCCAGUUACAGAAGAGAACAAGCUAGAGUAUGUAAGAUUGGUAGCAUCGGUGCGUAUGACCAACUCAAUCAAGGAUCAGAUUGCAAGUUUCUUGGAAGGAUUCCACGAACUCAUACCAAAGUCAUUGAUCAGUAUCUUUAAUGAACUCGAGCUUGAACUGCUCAUCUCUGGUCUACCGGAGAUCGACAUUGACGACCUCAGAGCCAACACUGAAUACAGUGGUUACUCUGCAGAAUCACCUCAAAUCAAUUGGUUCUGGAAUGUCAUUCAACAGAAUUUCUCGAAUGAAGAAAAGGCACUUUUACUACAGUUUGUUACUGGUACCUCAAAGGUCCCACUAGAUGGUUUCAAGGCAUUGGUGGGUAUGUCCGGACUACAAAAAUUCCAAAUUCAUAGAAUCAGAGGAAAUGCUCAUAGAUUACCGACAGCACAUACUUGUUUCAAUCAAAUAGAUUUGCCAGAAUAUGAAUCAAGUGAACAACUUGAAAAGAUGCUCAAGAUAGCCAUCAGUGAGAAUUCAGAAGGUUUUGGUUUCCAUUAA